AUGACUCCCGCUCCCUCGGAUUCUGGUAUGAUGCAGGCGGUCGUGUUUCACGGCCCCCAUAAGGUAGCUGUUGAGCAGAGGCCUAUUCCCAAGGUGCAGAACCCGGAGGAUAUUGUAGUCAAGGUGGGGUAUACUGCGCUUUGUGGAAGUGAGUUGCACAUGUUCCGUGGCAUCGAGCCGGCAGGAACAGGAUUUAUUAUGGGUCACGAGUUUGUUGGCGAGGUUGUUGAGAUGGGCAGCGCCGUCAAGACUCUCCAGAAGGGUGACCGUGUUGUCACUGCGUUCACUACUUCCUGCGGCGAAUGCUUCUACUGCAAGCAAGGGUGGUCUUCUCGCUGUGAUAAGAACGGUCUUUUUGGAUGUGACAGCUUGGACGGUGGACAAGCUGAAUAUGCGCGAAUCCCCAAUGCUGACGGUUCCGUCAUGAAGGCCCCCCGAGGGCGUUGA